CAAUGCUUGCACAGAAACAAGCGCAAUCUGCAUAGUUGUGACUCGCGAGCAAGAAAGAAAGAAGAACACGGAGCGGACAACAAUGGCCGGAGAGGGAGAGUUGAAGCUGCUUGGCUUGCUGGUGAGCCCAUUCGUGGUCCGCGUGCGCAUGGCGCUGAGCAUGAAGGGCGUGAGCUACGAGUACAUCGAGCAGGACGUAUUCAACAAGAGCGAGCUCCUCAUCAGGUACAACCCCGUGCACCAGAAGGUGCCGGUGCUCAUCCACCACGGCAAGCCCAUCUGCGAGUCGCUGGCCAUCGUGGAGUACGUCGACGAGGUCUGGGGCGGCGGCGCGGCCCCCUCCAUCCUCCCCGCCGACCCCUACGAGCGCGCCAUUGCUCGCUUCUGGGCCGCCUACAUUGACGACAAGCUGUUCCCUGCCUGGAUGGGAGUCCUGAAGGCGGCGACGGAGGAAGAGAAGACCGAGAAGGUUAGCCAGACGCUUGCGGUGCUUGUGCAUUUGGAGGAGGCCUUCGCCAAGUGUUCAAACGGGAAGGCAUUCUUCGGCGGCGACACCGUCGGCUACCUCGACCUCGCUCUGGGCGGCAAUCUGUUCUGGUUCAAGACGCUGCGGGAGAUGUUCGAUGUGGAGUUGAUCGACGAGGGCAGGACUCCGCUCCUAGCCUCCUGGGCAAAGAGGUUCGGUGAAGCGGCCGCUGUGAAGGACGUGGUGCCCAACGUAGACAAGGCGGUGGAGCACGCCAAGAAGAUGCGUCGCGUGUUCGUCCAUUGACAGUCGCUUCCAGGUCCAUAGAGGGAACAGAUAUUGUGCUUACAAUGUCUAUUGCAGCAGAGCGAAUGUAAGAACCGAUCACUAUCAAAAUAAGACGAUACAUAUGAGCACAUGGCGCAUAAAGUUUACCCUUCAUCAGACCAAACGCUC